AUGACAGCCUCAGCGAUUGCACCCGAAGGCCCGGACAUCGAGGCGACAGCCAGCGAGAAGCUCCCUUCUGAACCAUACAGCAAGGUACCCCCGGUCGGCAACCUUCAUAAUGGCCUAAACGACGAACGGUACGAACCAACAAAGCGGGGUCUGAAGAGUCGCCAUGCGCAGAUGAUUGCGCUUGGCGGUUCCAUCGGGACCGGCCUUUUCGUUGGGUCCGGCCAGGCGCUCGCUGUCGGAGGCCCUGCUUCCCUCUUCAUCUCAUACAUUUUUGUUUCGGCCAUUGUGUAUGGAGUGGUUACGGCCUAUGCCGAGCUGGGCGCCUAUCUCCCUACUCAUGGCGGUACCAUGGGUCUUCACGGCCACCGAUAUGUCUCUAGCAGCUUGGGGUUUGCCAUGGGCUAUCUCUACUGGUAUUCCAUGGGAAUCCUCGUGCCAUAUGAGAUUGUUGCCGGGUCCGUUGUCAUUGACUACUGGCAAACAGAUGUCCAUGUUGGCGUAUGGAUUACAAUCCUCCUUGUUGUUAUCGUUGGCCUCAACUUUCUGCCCGUCAAGUUCUAUGGCGAGACCGAGUUCUGGUUCGCUGGAAUUAAAGUGAUUACUCUCCUGGGGCUGUUGAUGGUGUCGUUUAUUCUCUUCUGGGGCGGCGGUCCCAAACGCGAGCUGCUAGGGUUUCACUACUGGAAGACCCCGGCAGCGUUUGCAGCGUACGCUCCUUACACCGGGGGCGCAGGACGACUCGCAGGCCUGGUCAAAUGCCUGAUGCGAUCCGCCUUUGGGUUCAUCUUCUCGCCAGAGCUUGUCAUCACGACGGGGGGUGAGAUGGAGUCACCCCGCCGCAACCUCCCCAUCGCCGCCAAGCGCUACAUGUACCGCCUGAUCUUCUUCUACAUCCUGGGCUCCCUCGCCAUCACCGUCAUUUGCCCUUCAGACCACGCUCGGCUGACCAACGGCGGCGCCGGUGCCGGAUCCUCUCCAUUUGUCAUUGGCAUUCAGAAUGCCGGCAUCCCCGUUCUCAACCACAUCAUCAACGGCGCCAUCCUGACCUCUGCGUGGUCCUCGGGGAAUUCAUAUCUCUACAUGUCGUCCCGUAACCUCUACUCGCUGGCCAUGGCCGGUAACGCGCCGCGCGUCUUCAAGGUUACUAACCGCUGGGGCGUGCCCUACUUGGCCGUCGGGGUGUCGGCACUGUUCUCCCUCCUCGCCUACCUGAGCGUCGGAACCGACAGCUCCAUUGUUUUCAACUGGCUGGUAGACUUUACAAACUGCAGUGGGUUUGGAUCAUGGAUAUCUGGCAUGAUUGUCUACUGGCGCUUCCGCAAAGCCGUCCGCGCCCAAAACAUCUCGAUUCCCUACAUCUCGCGCAUCCAGCCCUACGGCUCCUACUUUGCCUUUUGCGGCGCGACCUUCCUCCUCCUCUUCAACGGCUUCGACGUCUUCUUCCCGUCUGUGUGGAGCGUCGCGAACUUUUUCUCCGCAUACUUUGGAAUCCCCGCGUUCUUCGCAUUCUAUUUUGGACACCGGCUGGUGUAUAGGAAGGAUCCGUGGGCGUGGGAUCCGCAUGCUGUUGAUAUGUAUACGGGGCUAGAGGAGAUUGUUGCUGCGGAGAGACCGGAGAGGGUGAGGGAUACGUGGUGGAAGAAGGCGAUGGCUGUAAUCGAGUAGGCUGAGGGGAGUAGCAUGUUGUUGUUGUUCCAUUUGAUGGAUUCGAGGUGCAGUUGAAGUGCUAAAUAUUUCUGCUCCUGUGAGAGUGUAUGUAGCUGCCAGAUAUCAAGAGAAAUAAUCUAUAUGCAGGAGUUUCUGGUAAACUAGGUAGGCCUGCAGCGAGACAUCGCCGUUGGAGCCUGAUAGUAGUAGACUCUCAACUGCGGAACAAAACAGAAAGUCUGCGUGGUACCAAAGUAGUAUACCGUACCACAGGUCGGAUCGCAGUAUUCUGUCUAAUAUACUAG